UUCGCCCUCGCAGCCUCGCAGCCUCGCAGCCUUGCAGCCAUGGCCGCCGCCGCCUCCUCCUCCGCGCGGCCCGCCGUGCUGGCCCUGGCGGGGCUGGCGCUGCUGCUGCUGCUCUGCGUCGGCCCAGGUGGCAUAAGUGGGAAUAAACUCAAGCAGAUGCUUCAGAAACGAGAAGCCCCUGCUCCAGCUAAGACCAACGUGGCGGUGGAUGAGAACAAAGCCAAAGCGUUCCUGGGCAGCCCGAAGCGCGCCAAGCGGCAGCUGUGGGAUCGAAGCCGGCCCGAGGUGCAGCAGUGGUACCAGCAGUUCCUCUACAUGGGCUUCGACGAGGCGAAAUUUGAAGAUGACAUCACCUACUGGCUAAACCGAGAUCGGAAUGGACAUGACUACUACGGCGAUUACUACCAACGUCACUAUGAUGAAGACGCUGCCAUUGGCCCCCGGAGUCCCCACAGCUUCAGGCACGGGGCCAGUGUCAACUACGACGACUACUGAGCUGCUCACCAUGCAGAAAACCAAUAGCUCUUGUCCACGGCUGUACCCAGAGCUCUACACUCCUUGUGUAAGGUGCUUUAUGUCAGUGUCGCUCAGCAGAGCUCAAACACUAAACGCAAGUGCCUGUGGGUGCAAAUCCCUCCCGUUGCAUCUCAUUUGAAAUAGAAAUAAAGCAUUCUGUUAAAAAGGAAAGAAAGAGAACAGGCUCGGGGUUCGCUUGGGUAAAAAUUAAGCUAUGACAGUUGUCACUUCCUUCAGAUCCUGACGUCGGCCUGUCCCCUGAAGACCCUCUGUGCUGCAUCCUACCAGGGAGCCUCGCGCCCCGAGCACAGCGUGGGACAGAGCCAAAGUCU